UGUUCCAGUGGAGAGCAAAGAAGUUCUUUCUCAUGUUCAGGUGGAACUUCCAAUGUGCAUCAGUUUCUGCGCGUUGCCUCUUGUCCUGAAGGCAUCGUGUGCUGAGAGCAUGUGCGCACCUCGUGUGUAACAAAAUCAUGGCAUGAAGUAACUUUCUUAUGGAGGGGGAAUGACGGAGUGUGGCAAGGAAUUUAUAGAGGCUCGUCAGGGAGUGCUACACCUUUUCUCUGUACGAACACACCUGAAGAGCAAAAGCCGUCCUCAGAAGGUGUGUUUAUGUCCAUUCCUGCCUGUACAUCCGCUAAAGGUCUCCACCUGCUUGUAUAUAAUCCAGCAUCCAGCAGAGGAAAGUCGAGUGUUAAGGACAGUGCCUUUGCUAGCAGCUUGUCUCCCUCCAGACAAAUGUAAAAUUUUGGUUGGUCGACGUUUUAGUGAAGACAGGUAUCCUGAAUUAGCAACUGUAUGCAGGAAUCCCAAUACUCUAAUUUUAUAUCCUGGAGCUGAAGCAACCAAUUUGGAAGAAGUUGCAGUGAUGUCUCCUAGUUCAUCUGUUAUGAUCAUCAUUGAUGGAACAUGGAGCCAGGCUAAAGAUAUAUUUUACAAAAAUUCUCUCUUCCGUCUUCCCAAGCAGGUGCAGUUAAAAACCAAUCAUUCAAGUCAAUAUGUAAUUCGUACACAGCCAACAAACACCUGUCUGUCUACACUUGAAUGUGCAGCUGUUGCUCUUACUAUCAUGGAAAAGAAUAAGAGCAUACAAGAGACUAUACUCCAUCCACUUCAAGCUUUAUGCUCUUUCCAGCUUCAGCAUGGUGCCCAGAUCCAUCACAGCAAGGAACAUCUUCUCAAAAAUGGCUUAUAUGACAAGCCAAUGCCAAAGAAUAAACGCAAACUCAGAAGAAUGGAGCUUUUGGUGAAUAAUGUUAAAAUAUAAGAAAACUGUACUGACUGUGCAGUGGAAUUUAUUUGCAGCUCACUAAUGAAUAGGACUCUGGAUUUGAUCCAAAUGGUUGACUGUACUAUAAUAAAACAACUUCUAGGCCUUCAUAGGAAAGAGUUUAUCUACCAACAUGACAAACAGUAAUGGACAAGCUUUUUCAUUUUUGCAGUAGGCCAGGUGCCUUUUUUUCAGAUGAUGGAAGAUCAUUCUCAUUUCCUGGAAAGAAGAGAAAGAAAACUCUGAACAUAAUUUAGAGUUACGCUAUCACUUGAGUGUCAAAUACGAUCCUCAAUAUGACUGGAUAAAUUUAUUUUUGGGAGGCUUUUAUCAGUACAAAAAGACAAGAAAUAUGAAUAGGAAUGUGAUGGGACAGUAAGGCUUCAGCAUUUAGAAUUAUAUUGAAUUUCUGCUGAGCUUUUUAGCUUCAGUAUCUAAUUACAGUAGGCUUUCAAACUGUAAUUCCUUAUAUUACUUGGUUCAGAUGAACAUAAGGCAUGGUAUUUGGAUAGUUCUUUUUAACUUUGAGAUUUUUAUUUCUUAUAUUGUUAGAACUCCUUUUUGUAAAUUUACAUAUAUUUUACAAUGCAGUCAGGUUUUGUUUCUCUCAGACUUAAUUUUUAAAUUAAGCCUGCAUAUGUUUUUACCAGAAACUGAACAACUCCUACUUAAAAAAAAAAAAAAG